CCGCCCACCCCCCUACAUAGCUGACAUGCAUUACAUAAAUACAGUAGCUAACUAAAGAUUUUUUUAGCUAACAUGAUUUCUGGUAGUAGAGGGAUCAUGGAUUUUCUUCCUUCUACACCUGAUAUUUCUCUCAAUUUUCAAGAUAACAAUCAUCACCUUCCUUCCACUUCUCCUAAACUAUUUCCUUCUCCUUCUCUUCCUCAUCAAGAUCACUUCAAUCACGGUGUACCAUCCAUGUUAAUGAGGAGAUCGAUGUCGUUUUCUGGUGUGGAGAGGUGCGAUAAUCAUCAUGAUUUGCGUGUGGACGAUAAUGAACUGUCAGAUGAGGAUGGAUCAUCGCAAUUAUUAGGGGAGAAGAAGAGGAGGCUCAAUAUGGAGCAAGUGAAAGCACUGGAGAGAAGCUUUGAAGUGGCUAAUAAGCUUGAGCCUGAGAGGAAAAUACAGUUGGCUAGAGCUUUGGGAUUGCAACCCAGGCAAAUUGCUAUAUGGUUCCAGAACAGAAGAGCAAGGUGGAAGACAAAGCAAUUGGAAAAAGAUUAUGAGAUGUUGAAAAGACAUUUUGAUUCACUUAAAACUGAUAAUGACGCACUCAAGGCCCAAAACAAGGAACUUCAUUCCGAGCUGCAGUUAUUAAGUGUGAAGAAGAGAGAAUCAUCAGGCGGAGGCGGAAUAAUGUUUAAUCUGAACAAAGAAAACGAAGGAUGUUGGAGUAAUAACGGAAGUGACGACAACAACAAUAACAACAACAGCAUAGACGUAAAUCUGGGAACAAGGACAUCAUCAGGUGACAGCCCAUUUUACUCCAAGAAUGUUUUUCCACCCGAACCCGGCCCAGUCCCUCUGGCCCAGUUUCUUCAGACCUCAUCAACACCACCUGAUCAUCUCACCCAUUGCCACAAGAAUAUUGAUCCAACGGUCCAAAAUGAAGGAUUCUGCAACAUGUUUACUCCAGUUGAUGAUCACACCAAUUUUUGGCCAUGGCCAGAGCAGCAACACUUUAAUUAAUUAUUAAACUAUAUCACCAUCCUUUUCUUCUUAUUCAUAAUACUAGUUUAAAUUCUUUUUGAUGUAUAGCAAAUCAUGUAAGAAUCAUUACCAAUCACAAAUGGAUCUUCUUUCUUCUUUCUUCUUUCUUUUUUUCCCCCCUCUUUGCGGUUAUACAAGUCUUGGUGAGUAUUUCACUUUU